AUGGUCAGCAAGAGGCUCCUUUAUCAUGUCGCCUCCUUCUUCGUGAGUCAUCAUCAUGCGUUCCCCCUUCCCCCUUCCUCCUUCUUCGACUUCCAGCCCAUGACGCUGCCUAUCAACUCCCAAGACCCCGCCACCCUCACACCUCCCUCGGGAACGCUCUUUGUCUUCCUCAAGCACGCCCCCCACACGCCUCUCAAUCUCGAGCUCAACAGCUCCCAGGAAAUCCACUGCCUUGGCCGUCUCUUGCAGCCCUCUGCACACUCCCUCGCAAGCCUGGGCCUUGGGCUCAAGGAACCACCCGGGGGAAUCGAGCCCAUCAUUAAGGAGAAGCACCUAAUGAAUCCGGCCUUUCUCGAGGAGUUUCAGCAGCUGCAGCGGCUGAAGCUGGGUCGCGGGACGUGGCAACUAGGCGGCCUGAGUCCAGCGCGGUUCCAGGGUUUGAGGAGCCUGAGCGUCCACGAUUUCGUGUGCGACGGAAACGCCCUGUCCUUUCUCGCAUCCCUUACACCGCAGCUGCGUGAAAUCGCUCUCGCCUCCUCCAGCCAUGUCCCCCCCUUCGCCCUCGAUUUCAAGUUCACUGCUGGUCGAACUAUCACGCUCUGCUUUGAGAAGCAAGUGCUCCACCUCCGCUGCACCCUGCCUGCCUCUUUGAAGUCCUUCUCUGCCACUGCGGCGUGUCUCAACGUGGAUUGCACUUCCCCCAGCCCUCCCUCUCUCGACUCGCUCCCUCUCAUUGGCUACUCGCAGCUCCUCGUUUCCUUGCUCCCAUUGUCUGCCGCAAAAUCCGUCUACUUGAACGGUGCAAGCCUCCGAGUGAAUCGUUGGCGUAUGUUUCGCUGUUCUGAUGAUGAUUCUCAAAUCGCCUUGACCCACCUGCUCAGUAGCAUAACGCCCACAGUGGAGACGCUUAAAAGAAGGUACGGCUGGCCACUGGAGGGCGUGCGUGUGCAGUGGAGCCAGCUGCGGCACCUCAGCAUUGGUGUGAACCGUUAUAGCACUAGGGGGUUUAGUUACAGCGAAAACCCGGAGGAUCCGGAAGACUCUCAGUUUUGGAGGUUCUUCGGCGGUGAAGAAGGGAGCAUCAUCGGAAGCAGCAGCAGCGACAGCGGCAGCAACACGUACAUCGAUGCUCCGAACCUCGAGUCCAUCUACUAUGCCACUGAGGAGUGGUAG